GCUGACUUGGUUAAAGUGAUGCGUCUUAUUAGUGUGAUGCAUCAACACUUAUUUUAAGCACACGCACACUUUAAAAAUGAGAUAUUUAUUAUUGGUUUAGAACAAGAAAGCUGACUUCUUUAUCGAGAUCCAGCAGCAAAUAUGUUUGCUUAACUUUCUGUUUGUUACUUUUACUCGUUUUUUUUUUCAUCAGUAGGAUCACCCUACGUGUUUUUGUUGUUGUUUUAAUUCUUUGUGCAGAUGUUUUAGCUGUGAAGUUCACCGACUUGACCGUCAUGAAGGAGGAAAUCGCCGCCGCUGUGUUUUUCGUGGCCCGCUUGGUUAAACGAUACGGCUGCCUGGAUAACGACAGCCGAGAACGCUUUGCCGCCGCGCUCACGUCUGCUUUGUUUGAGAGCUACAAAAGCCACUGGCACCCGAACACACCGACCAAAGGGCAAGCCUACAGGUGUCUACGUAUGAACCGCGUGCGACUACAAGACCCCGUGUUGCAAGAGGCGUGCGACAGGAGCGCGGUUCGCUACGAGGACCUGGGCCUGCCUCAAGAACUGACCUUGUGGGUUGACCCUGGCGAGGUUUCAUGCAGGUAUGGCGAACACAGCGCCCCCUUCUGCAUCUCCACGGUGGACGGCUGCGGUCGGCGGGCGGACGGCGAGUUUUCCCGCCGUGUCCAUGACGCAGUGGAGCGAGCCAGCUUGGACGUGCCCUCGGGGAGCUCGUCAGAUGAGGAGGAAGAUGGUGGUGGUGGCGGCGGCGGCGACAGCAGCAUGAGCAGCAGCAGCAGCGGCAGCGUCCUGUCUGCUCUGUGCCACCCUGCCAACCCUGAACCCAUGACCAUCCCCACAGUCAACAACCCCAAUAGUGUCUACCGGUUCAGCGAGUUUGGUCUCGGCGCCCCUAAGACGUGGCUCACGUACCCCAAGAGGAAGGCCUUCUGCGGGGAUGCUUUCCAGCCUCAUGCCCCUCCCCAACCUCCCGGAGGUCCUGCACAGCAGAUCUCUGGCCAGAAAGGCUUAAAGUCCUACCGGGCCACGUUCACGUUCACUGGCCCCCGUGUGGACAAGUACCACUGGGUCAGCACUUCCCGAUCCUAG